AUGGCACACCAUAACCACCCACUACCUACGCAGCUCUGUAGACCCACUGACCCCUUACCAAAGGGUACACCAACGGUCCAGGGCUACGACUUUAACCAAGGAAUCAACCACCACGCCCUGCUGCAGUCCUUUCUCAACACAGGUUACCAGGCUUCCCACUUUGGCAGAGCUGUCAUGGAGAUUAACAACAUGAUAAAAAAGCGUCAGCAACCAGGGAACUUGGUGAAUGGAAAAAAUCAGGAGGAUCCAUCCACCUGCCCCUGCCUCAGGGGCUGCACCAUCUUCCUCGGUUACACGUCAAAUCUCAUCAGCUGUGGAGUCAGGGAGAAUAUCCGCUACCUCGCUGAACACCAAAUGGUGGAUGUCUUGGUGACCACAGCUGGAGGUAUAGAGGAGGACCUGAUCAAGUGCAUGGGCCCGAUUUACAUGGGAGACUUUACCCUGCCUGGCAAGGAUCUGUACAGAAAAGGCCUUAACAGGCAAGGAAAUGUUCUGAUGCCUGAUGAAAACUAUAAUAUAUUUAAUGAAUUUAUUUUCUCUCUCAAACCUACUCUGUUUGUUAGGAGCAAUCAGUCUCUGGCUGAAGGUGCUCCUCUGUUCGACCAGAGCGUUGUGGAGAGGGUGAGAGCCAUGCUGAAGUAUCGCCCGCACCUUUGA